AUUGCGACAUUUGCUUACAACACUCAAAAUUACUAGUCUUCUUUCUUCAUCCGUUUACAUUUCCUCCUCUUUUGUGGGUUUUCAAAGCUAUAACAUCCAUUUCCAUGGCUUCAAAGCUACAAGCUAAUCAGAAUUUUCUGUUUUUGCGUCAGUGGUAGCGUCCAUUAUGCUUUAAACAAAAGUUUAGGGGGUAGACAACUCACAUACACUAUCUUUCUCUUUCCCUGCAAUUCGACCAUCCUUUCCUUUCCUUUCCUUGCAAUGGAUAUCUCACUCACUAAUUCGUUUACUAGUCCUGCAGAUCUCUUUCUAAUUGUGAGCGAUCAUAUAUUAUAUAUCUCCUCCAAACAUCAUCCUAUAAUUGAUACGUUACUUGGUUUUAUACCUUUACAAACGCACGGUUUCUUUGAUGAAUUUCACAGAAACAUUUUCUAUGAAUCAGUGUUAGCUGGACUUGAUCAAGAGCUUAAGGUGUUCUUUACAGUCCCUGACCAGCAAAUCUUGUCCAAGUUAACUCCUACUCUCAAUUCUAAUGAAGUUGUUGCGGCGUUCAUCAACUUUCUCCUCCUGAUGGUAGAAGUCAUUCUACAUUUUGAGGAAGAUUCGAUUGCUCGUGUAAAGGGUUCGUUCCAAAAUCUCCGGACAGAGCUUGGAUUUCUUAUCACUUUUCUUGGGGAUACAGCAAUGCAUUUGCAGCCCACCGAGACUAUAGUGAUAGAUAUUGAAGAUGUGGUCAAUGAGGUAGGAUGUUUCUUGUAUUCCUUCCUUUGGGCCAUUGUUAUGUUCAUUCUAAUCUGUAAAGAGAAAGAAUUAUAUACUAGAAUGUACGGUUGGAAAGUUGGGGUUAAUGAGGUAGGAAGUCUCCGUCUUUCUGACUUUAUCCACUUUCUUGAGGAUCAACCAUUGCUAAACACUAUGUUGAAAGCAACGAAAGAUAUUAAAGCUUCGCUCCAUAAGAUAGGAAGUUUAUUAGAUUCCUUCAUUUCCAAGAAGAAUGAUCAAGCUAUGGAGCCAGGAAACUUAAAUCUUGCUCUUUCUGAUUUGUUAGCAAAGUUUGAGACCUUGAAAACAAAGAUCAAGGAGCACUGCAUCAGAGUCUCAAAGAUCCCAAGUGAUAUGGCUCCUAAGACUGGUGUGGUUUCACUCUUCAUUGUUGAUUCCGUCCUCGAUGAUCUCAUGGAUCUAAUAAAUAACAAGUCUGACUCGACUGGUGUUGUGAAUGAUCAAAUUGUAAUGCUUCAGACGCUUCAGAAGGAGCUAAUGUUAUUGGGAUCAUCCAUCACAGAUAUAGCAUUGCAGCAGGAAGCAGAACAUGAAGAACUUGUGAUACGGAGCAGAGACAUAGCAUAUGAAGUUGAAUAUGUUAUCAAAUCAUUUCGUCAAGCUUGGUAUCUUUCUCUCCGGCUCCCUCAACUCAUUGACAAGAUUCAGCUUAUUACGAUGGCUAUCGAAAAAAUGAAGAACAAUGUUGAUAUAUCUAGAAUGUCAAUUUUUUCGAAACAUCCACAUGAACAUGUAGAUCCACAGUCAGAAGAAUCUCCCAUUUUGGAAGACUUUGUUGUGGGAUUUGACAAUGUAACAAUUGAAAUUGUAGAACAACUUGCUCGAGGAAUAGAAAAGCUACAAAUUAUUUCCAUAUUUGGGAUGCCUGGACUUGGUAAGACGACCUUGGCAAAUAAAUUAUAUAAUCAUCGCUACGUUUUAUACCAUUUUCACAAUCGUGCCUGGUGUGCUGUUUCUCAAAUAUAUAAUAAGAAAAAUGUGUUGAUUGAAAUUUUGAGCUCAAUGAGUAACAAUAAGAGGGAUACAUACAUGAAAAAGGAGGAAAACAGCUUGGUCGACGAUCUUUACAAAAACUUAAAAGGAAGGCGAUACCUCAUUGUGAUAGAUGAUAUAUGGGAUAUCAAUGUGUGGAAUGAUUUAAAAAGAUGUUUUCCAGAUGACGGAGUUGGAAGCAGAAUCUUAUUCACUACUCGAAAUAAAGAAGUGGGUUUGAAAGCUUUACCUCAUAAUUUCACAAAGGAACUUCCUUUUUUGUCGGAAGUUGAAUGUUGGGACAUAUUACAAGGGAAAGUGUUCCAAGAUAAAAAAUGUCCUCAAGAAUUGCUAGACAUUGGCAAGCAAAUUGCAAAAAAUUGUCAUGGCCUACCACUCGCAGUGGUUGUGAUAGCUGGAGUUCUUGCAAACAUGGAGAAGAAAAAACACUUGUGGGAAAAAGUUGCCAGAAAUUUAGGUUCUCAUAUAUCUGAAAUACCAGAGAAGUGCAUCCAAAUAUUGCAGCUUAGCUACGACCAUUUACCAAUGCAUUUGAAAACGUGUUUUCUUUACUUUGGAGCAUUCAAAGGAGACAUGAAGAUCCCUGUACGGAAGUUGAUAUCUCUUUGGGUUGCCGAAGGAUUUAUAAAGAAGGAAGAACAGAAGAACAUAGAGGACGUGGCACGAGAAUAUUUAAUGAAAUUGAUUGAUAGGAGUCUAGUACUUGUUGCUGAAAAAAGAUAUGAUGGAGGAGUCAAAACAUGCAAGAUUCAUGAUCUAUUGCGUGAAAUGUGCUUGAAAAUAGCUGAAGAAAAUAACUUUUUGAAGUUUAUCAAACAUAAUGAUGAUGAUGAAGAUAAACAACGGUUCUUCAGUCAAGUAUCAACGUAUCAGCAGCACCAUUGCCUGAGUAUCAACUGUACGAUACCUCCGAGUUCACUACCUUUUGGCCUACACGUACGCUCUCUUCUAUAUGAUAUUCAUUUUGUGGGAUCGAGCACACCAAGACCGACCACAUCAAUCUCAUGCAGCCACAAACUUCUUAGGGUCUUUGAUUUUAGCAGCAGGUCACUACCCUGGGGUCUAAUAAUAGGAUUGGAACACCUGGUUCUAAUAAUAGGAUUGGAACAUCUAGUUCACUUGAGGUACUUGGCACUUUCAUGUACACGGCCACCAUUAAAUUUGGAAAGGUUCCACAAACUAGAAUUUCUUGUUGUGGACAAUGAUGUUGAAGUUGAAAUACCUGAGAUCCUCCUUAAUACAGUGAGUUUGAGACACAUGGAGUUCAAGGGCGGUGCACGCUUCAGUGAAUCUAGUUGUCAGCUGGCAACUAACAGUAAGAACUUCCAAAUAAAUAACCUACGAAGUAUUUCUAGACUCUCAAUUUACGUUGAAUUGGAUGAGAAAGUUUUGGGACGUUCGCCCAAUCUUCGUAGACUGAAAGGCAGGGUGGAUAAAGAUUUACUAAAUCCUUCUUUCGACUUCCUUAAUCAGCUCGAAUCACUAAAGCUAUAUGAAAUAUUUCAUUGUUCUUUUAGUUUGCCCUUAAAUUUGAAAAAAUUGACACUAGAUCAUGCAAAGGUGUCUCGAAAACAAAUGGAGAUAAUUGGAAGGUUGCCUUGCCUUGAGGUUCUCAAAUUAGAAUCGGUUGCCUUUGAGGAAGAACAAUGGAACACAAGUGAGGGUGAAUUCCCACAACUCAAAUACUUGAAACUUGCAAAUGUAAACAUUGCAGAAUGGAAUGCCUCAAGUGAUCAUUUCCCGGUACUUCAACGAAUAGUAUUGAAAUCUUGCGGGAAUCUAAAGAAGAUCCCUUUCAGUUUAAAUGAUAUUCCAACGUUACAGGAGAUUUGGUUAUAUGGAUGUCCACCAACUACCAACGAAUCAGCUAAGGAAAUUAAGGAAGAACAAAAAGCGAUGGGCAAUGAAGAGCUUGAAGUCAUGAUCUCUGAAAAACAAUUGGAGGAAAAUGAAUACAACGAACUUCUGAAGGGUAAAUUGAUGGACACGGUGGAACUCAUGAGAAAAAUGAAGCGACAAGAACCAAAAGGAAUCAAAGUGCCAAAACGAAUCAAAGUGAAAGUUCAAGGACCAAAGCGCAAAUAUCCAAAAGAUGAACCGAAGGAGCAAGAAAAGAUUUGAUAGAGCCAAGUACCAAUUGGAGGUUAAUAUUGGUAACCUCUGUCAUGGCUUUAGAGAUGAUAAUUCUCGGCGAUGAAGUUUGUGAAGAAUCGAUUGCGUAAUUAGAAAGGAGAUCAAUGGUUGAAUGACACUUUGGUGGCGUAUAUUAGAACGAUGUAUUUGACGAUAUCGACAACGAUGUAAUUAUACGAUAUUUUCAAAAUAUGUAAGCGUGUAGGCUAUAAUUGUAGUAAAAUAUUGACUUAUUUUCAUCAAUACAUUGUUUUAAAAAAGUGUAUCUUAAUUUUCAAUCAUACAAUGAAAAAUGUCUGGCUUUGGAAUGA